AAAUUAGUAUUAUACUCUACAGAGUGGCAGAGGGCGAAAAGUGUUCAUUUCAACAAUUGUCGAUUAUUCUUUAUCCGGGAACGAUCAAAGAGAUGAAUACUAAAAAUAUCAUAUUACUAACUUAAUAUUAUUUUAGGGUUUAUUGUAAAUAUAGAUUUUUUCCAAAGACAACAUUCUAAUUUUCAAUAAUCAGUAUUUGAACGUAUAUAAAUUACACACAAAAACAAUUACCAUGGAUCUCCAUUUACCAGUCGAUGCAAAUAAAAGCUUUGAUGAAUUGACGCCUGAAGAAAAGCUGAGGCUUGAACAUCAACGAAUGCAUGAAAAACAUAAAGGGCACGAUGCCAUGCACGCUGAAAUGAUUAUCAUUUUAUUUGUGACAUUGAUUUUAGCACAGGUUGCAUUGGUCGAAUGGAAGAAACGUCAUUACAGAUCAUAUUCGUUCAUAACUUUAUUGGGUUUAUGGAUAAUACCAGUGUGUGUUUGUAUAAAGAAUCAAUGGUGGCGUUUCAUAUUUUUCUGGUUGCUGUUUUCGUGUAUAACUAUCCUGGUUGUGCGCAAGGCCAUGACUAGACCAGUAGCUGGAACGACUCCACGGCUGGUUUACAAAUGGUUCUACUUCAUCUAUAAAUUGAGCUACGCUCUUGGAAUCAUCGGUUACAUAGUAAUGAUGCUAACAUUCGUCGGAUUUAAUUUUAUAUUUAAUCAACCACCGACAACUUGGAUGGACGUUGGAUUUAUGUGUGUAUACUAUGGCUUAUAUUUUGGAGUAUUGGGGCGUGAUAUUAGUGAAAUCUGUGCGGAUAAAAUGGCAGCCAAUAUUGGAUAUUAUACUCCGCAAGGAAUGCCAAUCCGUAGUUUGGAGCAAAAUGUGUGUGCAGUUUGUGGAAAUGAUUUACUAGUUAGCGAAAAAGAGGAUGGUGUUAUUGAAGAUACAUAUAAAUUAUCGUGUCAUCAUGUGUUCCAUGAGUUUUGUAUACGAGGCUGGUGUAUCAUUGGAAAGAAGCAAACGUGCCCAUAUUGCAAGGAAAAGGUUGAUUUAAAGCGUUUAUUCUCAAAUCCAUGGGAGAAGCCACAUGUCUUAUAUGGGCAACUGCUUGACUGGAUUCGCUGGCUUGUGGCAUGGCAACCGGUAAUUUUGGUUCUCGUUCAAGGAAUCAACUGGAUUUUGGGCUUAGAAUAAGACUUUUGAAACCAGUUCAAAGUUCAUAGAACAAUUUUCAAGAAUUCAUAUGUAAAUCAUAUGCCAGUCAUAGAUUGUUUUCGAUCGAAAUUUUCAUGUGUUUUAUUUUGUUGUUUGUAACAAAACUCUUCUGUCUUUAAUUUAGUACAAAAAAAAUGAAUAAAGUGAAUGAGCCCAUAGUAUGUUUUUCUACAA